AUGGAUAACCCAUCACUUCCUGUUGCCAUAAUGGGGGCAGCUACAUCUGUUAUUGCUUUAGGUGUUGUUCUUUUGAAAGGACUAAGAUCUAGAAGAAUUAUGCCUAGAGAACCUCAUGUUAAUCGAGAGUUUCGAGUUGUUGGUGGGAGGUUUUAUAGAUCAGUUGAGACAGUGCACCGAUACUUUAGGCAUGUCCUUAGAGCUAUUUUGCAAUUAUACAAACACAUGAUUAGAGAGCCUGACAAAGAUACACCCUUGGAGAUAAGAAAUAGCAGCAGGUUUAACUCCUAUUUUAAGGAUUGUGUGGGAGCUAUUGAUGGAACUCAUGUUCGUGCAUCUGUUCCAAUUCAAAUACAAGGAAGGUUUCACGGCAGAAAGGAUGGAACAACACAAAAUGUCCUCGCUGCUGCUACCUUUGGCUUAAAAUUCACUUAUGUAUUAGCUGGUUGGGAAGGAAGUGCCCAUGAUUCAAUUGUCUUAAAUGAUGCACUCUCUAGGCCAAGAGGAUUAAAAAUUCCUGAAGGUAAAUAUUAUCUUGGUGAUGCUGGUUAUGGAGUUCGGAAAGGAAUUAUAUCCCCUUAUCGUGGUGUUCGUUACCAUUUGAAAGAGUUUAGUGAUAACCCGCCAAGAAAUGACAAAGAAUUAUUCAAUCUUCGCCAUUCUUCUUUACGCACUAGCAUUGAGCGUUGUUUUGGGGUUUUGAAGAAACGUUUCCGUGUGUUAGAUGCAGAACCUUUUUGGUCAUUCCCAACACAAGUGGAUGUAGUCUUAGCUUGUUGCAUAAUUCACAAUCAUAUCAUAGGAGUUGACCCUUUAGACUCAAUUAUGAACAAUGGGCUUCGUGGUAGUCCACUUGCAAAUGACAGUACAAGUAGAAGAGUCCAACAAUCACAAAGGGAAGUCCAAGAAGAAAAUAGAGAAUGGGUUCAAAUACGAGAUGAUAUCUGUCGUAAUAUGUGGGAGGAUUAUAAUGCUAUGGAGUGA